AUGGCACACGUCAUUGAGUUGUCUUCUCCCCCAUCAAGCUCGGAGUCCGAAACCCCCGACAUAGACAUCGAUGAACUUAAAGAUGAGAUUUCCCAAUGUCUGAGUUCUGUCAAAGGUGCUAGUACAUUCGCCCUUUUCGAGACAUUGUCUGGCUCACCAAACCCUGGACUGUAUCUGAAGAACGGCGGCGUAGUUGGUCUUCCUCUGUCGGAUCGCGAUGCAGAGGCAAUUAUUGCCGCCAGCCAUGAAGCACCUUUCGGAAAAGGGGAACAGACCGUUGUCGACAAGAGUGUCCGAAAGACGUGGGAACUAUCCCCGCCUGAUUUCGAACUCAGGAAUCCAGCUUGGGGAAGGUUCAUUGAAUCUAUUGUGGCAAAAGUAAGUGCCGGCCUAGGUGUUGAUGAGGCUGACAAGGAAGUAUCGGCGCAGCUAUACAAGAUGUUGCUUUAUGAUGAGGGAGCAAUGUUUAAGCCACAUCAAGAUUCCGAGAAGGCUCCUGGAAUGUUCGCUACCUUGGUCAUUACCCUUCCAUCGAACAUGAAGGAGGUGAGGUCAGGGUCUCCCAUGCAGGAGAAACAAAGAUCUUUGAGACGUCCAAAUAUUCGGAUUAUGAAUCAUCAUUUCUGGCCUGAUGUCACCCAUGAAGUCAAGCCUGUCCUUUCAGGCCACCGGCUUGUGCUCACGUAUAAUCUUGUCCAUGAGACUCUAGACCCAAAAGAAUUAACUGCAAGCUCUGCCAGGUCGGUUUCCACGCUGAAGGCUCUAUUAUCACAAUGGAACAAGAAGCUUGGAAAAACUCCAGAGUUUGAUACAGCGUACGCGUUUCUAUUUGAGCAUCAAUAUACAGACGCUAGCCUUCGCUUCAAUGGCUUGAAAGGACAUGACCAAGGUGUUGCAUCCUGUAUCCGCCGAGCAUGCGACGAGUCUGGGUUUUACUUCUAUCUUGCUAAGCUGAAAAGAACUGUUACGGGCGGUUGCGACGGGUAUUACGACGAUGAUUCUGUAUCAUUCCAUGAACUAACUGAAGAAUACGAAAAAUCAAUCUCUCUUCUCAGAGUUAUUGACUCUAAUGGAACUGAGGUUGCAAAGAAUAUGACUGUUGACCACGAUGGUUUUCUGCACGAAGAAUUUUUUGAAGAUAUAGAUCCAGAUGACGAGGAUUAUUCUGGCUACACUGGUAAUGAAGGUGUCUCUGCUACGCACUUCUAUCAUCGAACGAUAGCAAUACUUAUGCCGAAAACGCAUCGCAUCGACUUCUUUCUCAAUCCUUCAUCCCCCAGAACCUCCAGAUAUAAAUAUAUUUACGACGAGAGGUUGAGAGAAUACGCAACCCGGAUUUUGCAAUGGUUUGAACAAUUAACAAAUCACAUGUCCGACAAUCCUAGAGAUAUGGGAGUCCGCCAAGAUCUUGAAAGUGUUUGCAGGAUGGUGAUACUCGAAUCAGGCAAAUUGAGGAUUGAAGCUGUAUCCAACCCAACAGUGGCAUGGGGAAGGAAACCGAAUGGGUUUUCUGAUGAGGUUCUGGCAUGUGCCACCAAUACAUCUAUUGCUCUGGACAACAUGUCUCUAUUCUGCGAGACUUUUCGCUUUUGGCCCCAGGAGCCGUCUUCUUCGAUGCUACGAGGGGUGGGUAAAGCGCUCGUACGCUAUAAUCUAGAAUCACUUCUUCCAACUAUUUCUGAACGACUUUCAGCAAUAGGCAAGUUAUCAAACCGGAUGGAAAUGAUCCUCGCACUACAAACAGGCUACAUCACAGAGGCGGAACUCUUAUCAAAGCCAGUUACUGUCGCCCAAGACUGGGCGAAGUCCCAGAUGGAUACUGCCCUAAAUUCCGCACAAAUUUCAACAGCUGAGGAUGGAGCCAUGUUGUCGAAUCUCUGCAAGACAGGCUCAUCUGAAGUUAUAUUUAACAAGAUACUGCCAGCCGUCAAAAAGAACACAUGCCAUAACCCUAUGGCCAUGGCAUUCCUCGCAGGCGUCAUCAGUGCUGGCCUCAGUGGCGAGAUUGAAGCACGUGUUUCUCAGACCCUUUUCAAGAAUGUAGUCUCUGACCUCGCAAGUAAUUUCAACCUGACCCCCAUCUUGCACUCACAAACAAAUAAGAUGAUAAAGAUCUACGGUUUUGGUGCUCGAGCUCCCGGUUCACUAGCUGCUACGGAUGAUGGUAGCGAAAUCGUACAAAGCGUUGUCACCUUGAUUUGGAACUGUUUUGCCCUCGAUUGUCAAUGGGAGCUUGGUCAGAUCCUUGGAAAGUUAGUCUCUGCAUCCUCAAACCAACCAGCCGAAAAUUUUGAUACCAUCUUCAUACCGCUCCUUCAGCAAUUGAGCCGUAGUCUUCAUGACAAAAACAUAUCAGUCCAAGGAACCUCAUUUAAAGGAUUUUUCCAAGACUUGCUACGCAGCUACGUUGUCAUUCACGUUGGACCUGAACCAAAACUUGCCGCCGAUUGGACGCGAUCGAGGACAAGUUGUCCUUGCCAUGACUGUUCCGAACUCAACAUAUUCUUGAUCAAUCCUCAUCAACAAGUAUGGAGAUUCCCAGUCGCCAAGAUGCGGCGGCUACAUAUCCAUAGAAUUCUCGAAACCAUGGGAGGAGGCUUUACCCACGAGACAGAGAGAAUUGGGAGUCCGCAAACACUGGUCGUCACAAAGACCCAGGCCUCGUAUCUUGCUGCCCGUCAAGCCUGGCCAAAGAGAUGUAGUAUUGCCAAAGGCUACCUCCAGAGUUUCAAUGCGAACAUACUACGAGAACUUCUUGGUGACCUGUUUGACCCUAUAAUGUCGCUCUCAGUAUCGCAGCUUUCACAGCCUCCUUUCCAAACUACUCAUAUCUCGGAGAGGCUCCCUUUUGAGUUCAGUCACGAACCCACAGACCUCGAGUCAUGUCCUCCCACCAAUUUCAAGGCGAAAGGUUCCUACUUCUACUGA